CUGCACUUGCGGAGCUUCUGUCUAGUAGUGAGAUACACGAUAAAGAGAAGGAAGAGGAUGUAAGGCAGUGAUGAGGUCUGCAGAGAAAGCGGGACAGGGAUCAGGAGGGUGGGGGUGACUGCUGUUUCCCCCGGAGAUGACAUCUGAGGGGAGGGUAUGAGCCACGAGGGUCUCUGAGGGAAGAGCGCUCCAGGCUGAGGACUUCAGCCAGUUCAGGGGCCCUGAGGGGGAGCUGAGCAGGGACCAUGAGCUGGGAGAGUGGCAGGUGAUGGGGUCUGUAGAGAGCAGGGGCCAGAGCACCUGAGCUGAAGCUGAGAACCAGCCGCUCAGAGCAGGAGGAAGCCCUGCUUCCCUAACAGAAUGAAUCCACUCAGGGCUAAGCCAGAGUUCUGCCUCUGUUCCCAAAUCUCUGCUGCUGGAUAAAGGAAAGGACCUCAGGGGGCCCAUCUUCAAGUCAAAGGCUCCCUGGUGACUGAGUUCUAGGGCCAUUUAGUUAAAAUUAUUAGCGCAGAGUGCUGCUUCCUGCAUGAUCUCUCAUUCUAAUUGCGGCCCUGGUGAGAGGGCUUGCAAAGGACCGGUUCCUGCCCGGGAUUCCCGGAUUCCGCUGAGCCCUGACCGCUUUCAGCCCUGCGGAGUGGCAAAGCUUUACCUUCGCAUCUCGUAGCCACCCUUCGGCGGUGCUCACUGAAGACCCGGCUGUCUACGCGUGCACAUCAGGGUGAGGGAGUCAUGGCACGGUUUUAUGAUGGAUUAACUGAGCUUCUAAGAUGUUAACUUACCCAUGGUAACACACUAGGAAUCGCGACACCUGAAAGUCAAAGCUAAGCCACCUCCGUGUGAAACUUCCCACCAUCCUGGUUGCCUUUCCCCUCCUGAAGGACAGUUUUUCUUACUAACCAGUCCCCUGAAGUUGGUCAUUCAUGCCCAUCAGAAGCACCACAUCCUGUCGCCCAGGGCUGCGGGGGCAGGGAGAGGGGGCGGGGUGGCGAUAUAAAGUUUAGGACUGCGCGAAGGAGCGCUGUGGAGACCUGGAACCUUACUGUCUGGUGCCUUCCAGUAACCCCUGCUGGCGCCCUUCCACCUCCACAUCUUCCAGAAGAGACUGCUGGUGCGUUUCCCGAACUGUCUUUCCACUCGCCACCCCGCGCCCCUAUUUUCACACAAAAGGGACCAAGAAGGAACAGCACUACGGUUCAGGAGCCCUGCCCCGGCCCCCACGCCUCAUCUUCCCCCCAAGAAAAGCCCACCUAUUCCUAAACAUGUCCCCCAGAUCCACAGAGCACGCCCCACUGCCAGAGCGCGCACUACCCACUGUGCACCGCCGAGACUCGGCGCGCGGGCGGGUGUUCUCGCGCACAUGCGCACCAGCCCUCGGACCCGCCCCCUGGCGACGCGGGGCGUCCCUAACGACCGGCGCCGGCCGCGCGGGGGGGCCUGCAGGGAAGCGAGCACCCGGGCACCGAGAGUGGGUGAGGUUCCCAUGGGCAUCGAGGGCCUGCCGGUCUGAGAGCCUCCCCAUCACAAGGCCAUCACCAAGGGGCCACCUGCGCCCACGCUGCCAAUGCAGAGCAUGCAGGCAACUCUAGGCACACCGACCUCGUCGGCCCUCAGCCGGUUCUCCACCUCCACCCAGGACAAGUCCUCCACUACAGGUCAGACCUCCAGCACAGGCCCACAGCCCUCAAGGCCCUCCAUCAUCCCACCCCCUAGCAAGUCCAAGGGCUGGAGUACUGGGGCCAGUGGAGGUCGCAUGCGCAGGAUCAUCGCUGAGGAUCCUGAGUGGUCGCUGGCCAUCGUGCCCCUCCUCACAGAGCUCUGCAUUCAGCACAUUGUCGAGAACUUCCAGAACAACCCUAUCCUGAAGCAGCUGCUUCCGGAGCACAAGCAGAAGGUCCUGGACCACUUGUCACCCGACCUGCCGCUGGCCGUGACCGCCAACCUGAUCGACGACGAGAGCUACUGGCGCCGCUGCUGCACGCAGCGCUGGCCCGUGUGCCACGUGGCCAAGCACGGCGGCAGCUGGAAGCGCAUGUUCUUCGAGCGGCACCUGGAGAACCUGCUAAAGCACUUCAUCCCCAGCACCACGGACCCCGCGCUGAUCCUCGACCUGCUGCCGCUCUGCAGGAACUAUGUGCGCAGGCUCCGUGUGGAUCAGUUCCUUCCGCCCAUGAAGCUCCCGCCUCGACCCCGGAGCGGGGAACUGUCCGACUCCGGCAGCGAGGCAGAGGUGGAGGAACCCGCCAUUGACCACUACCAACUGGGAGACCUGGUGGCCGGCCUGAACCAUCUGGAGGAGCUGGACCUGGUGUACGGGGUCAAGGACUGCGGCAUGAACUUCGAGUGGAACCUCUUCCUCUUCACCUAUCGCGACUGCCACUCCCUGGCGGCCACCAUCAAGGCAUGCCACACCCUCAAGAUCUUCAGGCUGACCCGGAGCAAGGUGGAUGACGACAAGGCACGCGUCCUCAUUCGCAGCCUCCUGGAUCACCCGGCCCUCGAAGAGCUGGACCUGUCACACAACCUCGUUGGGGACCGGGGCGCACGUGCCGCGGCCAAGCUGCUGAGCCACAGCCGUUUGCGAGUGCUCAACCUGGCCAACAACCGGGUGCACGCGCUUGGUGCCCAGUCGCUGGCUCACGCCCUAGCACACAACACCAACCUCAUUUCCCUCAACCUGCGCCUCAACUGCAUUGAGGAUGAGGGCGGCCAGGCGCUCGCGCACGCCUUGCAGACCAACAGGUGCCUCACAACACUGCACCUCGGGGGCAAUGAGCUGUCUGAGCCCACCGCCACCCUCCUCUCCCAGGUGCUCGCCGUCAACACCACGCUCACCAGCAUCAACCUGUCCUGCAACCACAUCGGGCUGGAUGGCGGGAAGCAGCUCCUGGAAGGCAUGUCAGACAACAGGACCCUCCUGGAGUUUGACUUGCGCCUGUCAGAUGUAGCCCAGGAGAGCGAGUACCUCAUUGGCCAGGCUCUCUGUGCCAACCGGGAAGCAGCCCGCCAGCGGGCCCCGAAUCCCAGCCGCUUCAUGUCACCAAUCACGGCCAAGGGCCCUGAGAACCCUGCAGGAUAA